GGCGUCAUCGCCUCGCGCCGCACGUCGGCGAGGUAACGCGUGGUUCUAGCGCCCGCGUGGAGGCCGGACUCGUGGCUCAGCUGCCUCCAUGGCCGCCUCGGAGCAGCCGGCUGCGGCGAUGAAGCGGCGGCACAAGGCGCAGUACGUGCCGGGGCAGCAGGCCAAGCGGCCCCGGGGCGGCGGCGGGCCGCGGCAGCUGGAGCUCGGCAUGCAGGGCAUCCUCAUCACCUGCAACAUGAACGAGCGCAAGUGCGUGGGGGAGGCCUACAGCCUGCUCAACGAGUACGGGGACCUGCUCUACGGGCCCGAGAAGCAGUUUACAGAUCAAGAUGGCAGGUUGUCAGGAAGUGAAGAGGAGGAAGAUGAUGUUGAAGCUGCCUUAAAGAAAGAAGUUGAUCAGAUUCGCACUUCGACUGAACAGAAGCUGAGAAGAUUCCAGUCAGUGGAGAGUGGAGCUAACAAUGUGGUCUUUAUUAGAACGCUGGGUGUAGAACCUGAGAACCUCGUGCAUCAUAUAUUAAAGGACUUGCACACUACUAAAAAGAAGAAAACAAGAGUGAUUCUGCGUAUGUUGCCCAUUUCUGGAACCUGCAAGGCUUUUGUGGAAGAUAUGAAAAAGUAUUCAGAGACCUUCUUUGAGCCUUGGUUUAAAGCCCCUAAUAAGGGUACUUUUCAGAUUGUUUACAAAGCUCGUAAUAACAGUCACAUGAGUAGGGAAGAAGUAAUCAAAGAAUUGGCAGGAAUAGUGGGCAGCCUAAAUCCAGAAAACAAAGUGGAUCUUAAUAACCCCCAGUAUACCAUUGUGGUAGAAAUAAUAAAAAAUGUCUGUUGCUUGAGUGUGGUGAGAGACUAUGUUUUGUUCAGAAAAUAUAAUCUACAAGAGGUGGUGAAGAGCAACAAGGAAGAGCUGGUACAGCAAAACCUGUUGAGUGCUUCACAGGAGGAGAAGUUGAAAGAAAUAAACCUGGCAGAAGAGGACUCUAAAGAAGUGAAACCGGAAGACAAAGGUCAGAGUGAAGAGGAAGCUAAGCCCAAUGAGAGCGACAGUCAGCAGGCAUAGAGAAUGUGAUGGAAGGGGAAGACAAACACAAAGAUCACUGUAAAAAUAGACUGGCUUAGAGUUUUGAAAUGGGCAUUUAAAGGAGAGCUUAAUUUUUUAUUUUAAAUUUGCUUUUUAAAAUAUCCAAGUAUUUAAAAAAAAAAAAAUGUAAUGCUCCAUCCUGUCUUUGCUAUAGGAGUCAGUGUUGCAGCACGCAGUGUCAGAGAGAAUGGUGAUAUUUAUCACUUAACUCUUCAGCCUGAUUCUCCAAUGCCUUCCAUCUUGUGUGGUCAUAGAUCUGUGCACCGUGUAGGUAAACUGUUACCAGUCUGAUCUGGUAGCAUUUUACACCCACUUACCACAUGUAAAUAACUACCAUAGGGUGCUGGGCUGACUCAACCCCUUUGCCUCUAGACAUUCUGAGAAGCCAAUGGCAGAGGCAGGAUUGAGAGGUCUGGAAAAGGACAGGAUCUUGCAAGGCGGGUUAUUUGGAAAAAAAAACUGUGCCAUUUUGUUUUGGUGACAUGACUUUGCAUACUAUGUAAACCUCGUCUUAUUAAACACAGAAUGAGCCAUAAGCACCCGAUUUUCUGUAUGUUGUUCAGAUGUCUACAAAGUCUAGUUUAGAACAUAUUAACAUGUCUUUGAAAUGUGUGUGUGUGGGGGGGGAGAGGAAUUGCCACCAUCAAUAGCUCAGUAUUAUGAGCAAACCUCUCCCUCACCCUUCUCCCUCAAAUUCCUGUAAUUUUCUAGAACAGACAGAUGCCAGUGUGGAAGUCGUGUAUAAUCUUGGCAAAAGCACCCUGUGGUAUGUCUCUCAAGAAGAGCAAUGUACAUAGUGGACAGGAGCAUAUAUAGUUAUCUAUUAACUAUCUGAGAAGAACCCAUUUCUAAGGAUACCUAUUCCAAAGGCACUCCUUUAUUUAAGUUUGAUGUUUUUAUUAAAUAGUCUCAUUCAUUGGUUUUUUAUUAGCUGUGCUCAUGUUUGAGUUGGUUUUUAAACUUCAUGUGAAAGCGGCUCUCUGUAUUACACAACAUCUAAUAGAAAAAGUUUAACUUUUUGUAUGGUUUCAAUUUUACAAAAUGAGUGUUCUGCCUCAGUUUGAAAAUAGCAUCUGAAUUUUUUCUCUUCCUAUAACAUUUGAAGAGUACGUCUCACUGAUAAGUUAUGGUAUCAUUUUUACAAAGACUAGAAACCCAGAUUAAAAAAAAACCCUAUUUUAAUAUAGUGUGGCUAUAGCUUGUUUUCCAAUAGUAUUGUUCCUGUACACUUUUUGUACAAGUGUAUGGCUUAGGUGUUUCAUGAUGCACUUACAACUUAAACCUGUUGGUGUCACUAAUGGAAAAGCAUUU